GGGUUUGUUUUGGCGUCAGGCGCGCUCGGUGAUGACGCUACGACGCUAACGCCUGAGGAUGGCGGCGGCGGCGGCGGCCGUGGCCGCGGCCCCGAGAGGGUUAGCACAGCCGCCAAGACACCGAAGAGCCCGCCGCCCCCGCGAGGUGUAGACGGGGCACUGCCUGCAGAGCAGGUCCUGCCAGCCUCGCUGGAGAGGAUGCCCCCGUGUCCGUGAUGGGCUGUGGGACAAGCAAGGUCCUUCCUGAGCCGCCCAAGGAUGUCCAGCUGGAUCUGGUCAAGAAGGUGGAGCCCUUCAGUGGCACUAAGAGCGAUGCAUAUAAGCACUUCAUCACAGAGGUGGACAGUGUUGGCCCUCUCAAAGCUGGAAUCCCAGUAGCCAGUCAGUGUGCCAACCCCUGCCCGGGUGCCCCCACGACCGGCUACACAGAGCCUCCUUCAGAACCACCACGCAAGGCCAGGGUGGCUAAGUACAGGGCCAAGUUCGACCCACGUGUGACGGCCAAGUAUGACAUCAAAGCCCUGAUUGGCCGAGGCAGCUUCAGCCGAGUGGUACGCGUGGAACACCGAGCAACCCGGCAGCCAUAUGCCAUCAAGAUGAUUGAGACCAAAUACCGGGAGGGGCGGGAGGUGUGUGAGUCGGAGCUGCGUGUGCUGCGCCGGGUGCGCCAUGCCAACAUCAUCCAGCUGGUGGAGGUGUUUGAGACGCAGGAGCGUGUGUACAUGGUGAUGGAGCUGGCUACUGGUGGAGAGCUCUUUGACCGCAUCAUUGCCAAGGGUUCUUUCACCGAGCGUGACGCCACACGGGUGCUGCAAAUGGUGCUGGACGGCGUCCGGUAUCUGCACGCACUGGGCAUCACGCACCGGGACCUCAAGCCUGAGAAUCUGCUCUACUACCACCCGGGCACUGACUCCAAGAUCAUCAUCACUGACUUUGGCCUGGCCAGUGCUCGCAAGAAAGGUGACGACUGCCUGAUGAAGACUACCUGUGGCACGCCCGAGUACAUUGCCCCCGAGGUCCUGGUUCGAAAGCCCUACACCAACUCCGUGGACAUGUGGGCCCUGGGUGUCAUUGCCUACAUCCUGCUCAGUGGCACCAUGCCCUUUGAAGAUGAUAACCGCACCCGGCUGUACCGGCAGAUUCUCAGGGGCAAGUACAGUUACUCGGGGGAGGCUCUCCUCCCCAAUGUCCUUCUCUUUUCUGCUGCUCUGCCCCCACCCACCCCCUGCUGGGUCCCAGGGGUACGGAACCCAGGCACCACAAUGCCCUGGCCCAGUGUAUCCAACCUGGCCAAAGACUUCAUUGACCGCCUGCUGACCGUGGACCCUGGCGCCCGUAUGACUGCACUGCAGGCCCUGAGGCACCCGUGGGUGGUGAGCAUGGCAGCCUCUUCGUCCAUGAAGAAUCUGCACCGCUCCAUCUCCCAGAACCUCCUCAAACGCGCCUCUUCACGCUGCCAGAGCACCAAAUCUGCCCAGUCUACACGUUCUAGCCGCUCUACACGCUCCAACAAGUCACGCCGUGUGCGAGAGCGGGAGUUGCGGGAGCUCAACCUGCGCUACCAGCAGCAGUACAAUGGCUGAGCUGCCUGCCAGUGGUAGAGACAUGGCAUGGGUCCAGCCUGUCACACACUGCUGUGCCAUCGGGGCCCAGUGCCCUCUCUGGAGUUAGGCCUGUAUGGCCAGUGGUAGGUGAAUGGCCCCAGCCCCUUCUCUGUGCCUUCAGCAGUCCCCAUCAUCACCUGGGCCUAGUGUGACAGAAUGGAGCUGGGAGCCCCCUGAACUUGGAGCCUGGCCUGGCACUGAUGUUCCUUUUGGUGGGUAAUUGCUAUGGUACAAGUUGGGGAAAGGGUAGGACUUGGCCUUCAGUCUUCUUCCUCCUUUGGCUCUUCCUCAGACCAAAAGGGCAGGCAGUGCCAGGUAGACGGUGUCGUUGGGACAGUUAUUUCUGGGCCUCAGUUAUUUCCUCUACCAUACCUUCCUGCCCGGCCCCCCACAUUCCAUGGCAUUCUGAUCUUCAUGAUUAUACCCCAGGGAGAGGUCCAGGUAGGCACAAAGCCUGUGCCUUGGCUGGACACUCAGCCUCUGGCUAAGUCUAAACAGCGCCCCACCUCCCAGCCAAGGUCUGUCUGCCUUCAUGGAGGCACCAAGGACCACUCCUGGCCCUAUUACUUGCCAGGAUCUCCGGUGGUAGGGCCAUGCAUGGAGCUUGGUCCUUCUGGGCUGUGUGGCCCUGUGGGUAGCAGGCUUGCUCUAGGCUCAGCCUCUGACUGCCUCCUUUGCAGAGCUUACCAUUAUCUCCCUCUCCCCUGGAUGCCUUGUCUGUUCUCCAGGUGCCUCCUUCCCAACUGUGGGACAUUAAAGGGAGCCCACUGCUGCUAUCUGGGGGAUGGGGGCACCUGGCCAAGGCAGAGGGCAGGGGCUUCCCAGGGAGAGUCCCAUCAGGGCUCCAGUGCCACUCUGGUUCUACCCUUGGUACUUCCCAUGGUCCUUUCCCUUUAGGCUCUGCUAUUCCUUCCUCUGCGGCUGCAUGAAGGCGCCAUCUACUGUCUAGCAUGAGUAUAGGCAGCCUAGGAAUGACCACCAUGCUCACCCUUCAGCCUUGAAGAGGAAGGAGCUGUUGCUCUUUGAGGGAGGGUCUCUGGGCUGCUCUACACUCCCCCUCUGCUGAGCUUCUACGCAGCUUCCCCUGGAACUUAGCCAAACUGUGUGAUCUGCCUCUGAACCCUGAGCGCCUGGGGCACUGGCCUUCUCACAGCUGGCCUUGCCCAGUGCCUCCUGUCCCCGCUUCCUUUCACAGCAUUACCUUUCCAGUCUGAGCCCCACUGAAUCUCAGGUUGGAGGGAGCCCCUGCAGGAGGUGAGUGGAAUUAGGUGGCUGCUUUCCUAGACACCUGAGCCAGACCAUUCCCGCAUCAGUCAUUGUACCUUCCCCCACCACAAACUGGGCUGGAACCAAGCCCUGUCCAUGCACAGCUGCUUUCAGUGGGUAGGGCCCAGCUUUAGCCUUAGCUAGACUGCAGGGCCCCUGCCAACAGGGAGGGUUUGGCCCUCACUCAGUUCCUCCCAGUGGUAUCCAUGGGCCAGGCCCCCCUCUUUCUGCAUGUGCCACCUCCAGUGGAAUACCAAGCCAAAGAAAUCACUCUGGGCCAAGUCGAUUGUGCCUUAUACACCCCCUCCUUCUGCCCCCAGUGCCCCUGGCUCAAGGCAGUGGAGCGCCCAAGCCCCAUGGCCUCAGAACUCCCCUGACUUUCCCAAGUGCCUCUGGGGGCCUGAUGCCCUGGGACUUAUUUCCUCUUUUGCCCAGGAUAAGCCUGGUCCUGAAGGUAGGACAGAAGGAGUUUGGAGACGGGCCUCUGACAGGGGCCUUCAUGCCAUGGACUGUGGGUGGAGAAUGUGCAGUUAUUUAUUUUGUGUACUCAAUUUGUAAAUGUAUCCUCUGUACUCAAUAAACAGACUGCCCUUCUCAGGGAAGGCUGCCCAUUCCGACA